CUACUCCAAUACCAGACUCAAUGGAUGUGACCUUGAAACGAAAGCAUUAUGCAUCCACAUAUCGUAAUGUUGAUGAAAUGGUGAAGAGACUAAAGAAAAUUACACCAUCCAGUUAUAGCAAGUCUAAACAAAACGACCCAGAACUCAGUGGCAUGAUCCUUAAUUAUCGCACAGAAAGCCCUGACAUUCCGUUGUCAUUAUACCAUUCUGCAUUUGCAACUUUCAAAGACAAUCUUUCCAGUCUGAAAGCUGAGGCAGAUGACUUUGAAUCACUUGGAAAACUUGUAUUAGACAUGCAAGAGUUUUAUAAUGUUGAAGAUGAUCGACUUGCAAAAUUCACUUCAUGGGCUUCAAAAUAUUUUAAUUGUCCUGUUGAUGCAUUACCACUUGGAGGACAUAGUGAGGCUGAUUUGCAUAUACCAUUUAAUGUCAAUCAUGUUAAACAUCUGCUGUUAUUAGGGAAAAUAAAAAAUGAACUUGGAGAAGGUGGUGGAUGUCCCUACAGGCAGGCUUGUGCAUUAUAUGCUAGAUUUAUUGGCCAGAAAAGGCCUCCAGACUGUUAUGGUCUCCAUCCGACAUUCUUAAUUUACUUGGCAGGACCUUAUCUAGGGAUUGCUGGAGCUGUCUUUGGUGAAAAAUGUGUGGUAGAACCACUCACACCUCUGAUUCCCUUGAUGCAGUUAAGAUUUGAUGAUGAAUUGCUAUCUAUGGCUGCAAAUAUAUUUCAACUGCUGAAACAAAGCCUGGAAAGUCUGAAGGAUUAUUAUAACAAGUUAUGUUUACCAACUGAAAUUAAUGUUGAUUUACCAAGACAAGAAGCAUAUCCAUACCCCAAUUCUUUUAAAAAUGAGAGUGGCUACAUGGUUCAAUUUGAAUACAAAAAAAGACUGGUUGAUGACAGACUGCUCUUUGUUGUGCAAGAAUUGACCAAUCAACAGCUGCUUGCUGUGAAAUUUGUCAGGAGAUAUGGUAUUGAUGUUCAUAGAGACUGUGCUAAUGCCAAUAUUGCACCAAAACUCAGAGCAGUUGAAAAACUGACAGGCAACUGGUUUAUGAUAGUAAUGGAAUAUCUUGAACAUUUCACAUGUAUGUAUGAUAUUCUUCAGGAAGGUGGUCAGAAUGUAUCAUUUCUCAAUUCAAAAGCCAUUGAAGUUGCCAACACAUUACACAAGAUGAAUUAUGUUCAUGGUGAUCUUUGCACAUCAAAUAUUAUGAUUUCAAAGGAUGGAAAUCAGAUUAUGAUAGUUGAUUUUGACUGGGCCGGAGAAGAAGGAUUGGCAAAAUACCCACAUUUUAUAAACCGAUUUGAUUUCCUAGACUGGCAUCCGGAUGUAAAAGAGGGUGGAAAAAUUAAGAAAGCUCAUGACAUUCACUUUAUUACACAAUCUAUUGAGAAACUUUUUUAA